GGGAAGUAAGAACCUGUGAAAGAAUCAAAGAAACCGUAAUAAGAAUAAAAAUGGAAACUUUCUGAUAAUCAAAAGCUCGGAUCGUGAUAUUUGGCAACACACGACACACUAACAACUCACAUGAAGAAAAGCCACUAAAUACACACACCAGCUUCUGUGCUCCGCUGAUGCAUCACGCACCAUAGAUCCUCAUCCAUUUCUGUUCCUCUGUUCGCUCACCCAUUUGCUCAAAGGAUCCGUUUUUGAUGUUCAUUCCACUGUUUGACUCUUGUUUCUUGCACAAAGAUCUCACCUUGGGAAAGAAGAAGAUUCGCCUUUUCCUGCAUUGCUCUUUUGGUUAAUCCCUAUGAACCAGUCUAUGUCUAAAACUUGGGAAGCGCUUUGGAAUGGCUCUUUAUAGAAACAAUGGUGAAUUGCUCACCGAGAGAAGGGGCAUCAUUGAUGCGGUUGUCAAUUCUCUUGGUAAAAGUGACCAUGGCUCGCGAAUCUUGCGUCGUGGUAGAAGGCUUGGUCGGAUUACCAAACACAGACUUUCGCGUUGGCUUCUCCUUCUUACUGCACUCUUUUCAGUUUAUUUCACAGUUUGUGGCCUGAAAAUGUUUAUUCACGAUGGUUCUAUUACAGCUAAAAUGGAAUCUAGGUUCCCAGCGACUCACAGUAUACGGGAAGGGCUCAACCUACACAGUAAACAUGAAGAGCUCAACCUACACAGUAUACAAAAAGAGCUCAACCUUCAAGAAACUGUUUCAUUAUCUGAAUUUGGAAAACCACCACCUAAAAGCAAGCGCAGGAAGCAUUUUCCUUGUGAAGUUGAAUUUCUGAAGUCAGCAGAUGGCCUUGCUGAACCCAAGAAUUACAUGAAUUUCACUUGGUUUUCUCUAGAUUAUGUUAAACAAGAAGGAAAAACAUCCGAUAGUGGUUUGUUUGAACCUCGAUUUGGAGGACAUCAGACUCUUGAGGAGAGAGAAAAGUCAUUUUAUGCCAAAAACCAAAUGGUUCAUUGUGGUUUUGUCAAAGGAUCACCAGGGUAUUCAAGCACUGGAUUUGAUUUAGAUGAAAAAGAUAAUGCAUACAUGUCAAAGUGUAAGAUUGCAGUUUCUUCUUGCAUUUUUGGAAGCUCCGAUUUUCUUCGGAGGCCUACAAGUAAACUGAUUAGUCAAUAUUCAAAGAACAAUGUUUGUUUUGUGAUGUUCUUGGAUGAACAAACACUAUCCAAACUUUCAUCAGAAGGGAACAGUCCCGAUGAAAGGGGGCAUAUUGGCCUAUGGAAAGUAGUAGUUGUGAAAAACUUGCCAUACAAAGACAUGCGGAGGACUGGCAAGGUGCCAAAAUUUUUAGCUCACCGCCUCUUCCCAAAUUCUAGGUAUUCAAUUUGGCUUGACAGCAAGAUGAGACUCAAUGCUGAUCCUAUGUUGAUCAUUGAAUAUUUUUUGUGGCGAAGGAAUGCUGAAUUUGCCAUUUCAAAUCAUUAUGAUCGCCACUGUGUCUGGGAUGAGGUACUCCAAAACAAACGCUUAAACAAGUACAACCACACGGCAAUUGACCAACAGUUUAAAGUUUACCAAUCUGAUGGCCUAACCAAGUUUGAUCCUUCAAACCCAAAUAAUCCUCUUCCAAGUUAUGUUCCUGAGGGUUCCUUGAUAAUAAGGGCACAUACACCAAUGUCAAAUUUAUUUUCAUGCCUUUGGUUCAAUGAAGUUGAUCGAUUUACUUCUCGAGAUCAACUAAGCUUUGCUUAUACUUAUUUGAAAUUGAGGAGAAUGAAUCCAGAGAGACCAUUUCAGUUGUAUAUGUUCAAGGAUUGUGAGCGCAGAGCAUUAGUUAAACUAUUCCAGCAUAGGACAAUUCCUUCUCCACCAUAGACUGCUUGAUCAGUUCCAGCUUUUUAAGGGAUGCACACUGGAAAUGAAGUUUAUCAUAGACUAGUCUCGAACUUGAUGUUUAUUUUGAGCCGGAUUAACGAGAGGCAAAGUCAGUUGCUUCUGGCGGAGAAAAUAGUUAUUGGUCAUGUAGCUGUACCAAAAGGUGAAUUAUUGUGGGCAAGCUUUUCACUUAAGGAUGGGAUUCAACCGUUCAAGUGGAUGUUGUUGAUGAGAGAAGGCAAGUUGAUCAAGGUUUUAGUUUGUUCAGCUUCCUUUUUUGUUUCUUAAUUUAAUGUGAGGGAAGAGGUGAUUUUGGCAUUUUUCUAACAUGUAAUUUUAAUCUUUCUUUUUUGUGUAACUAACAAGUAACAAGUAGCAGUCUUCCAUCCUCUCCCACACAUUAGUAGAGGAUUAUGGUUGAAUGGUGAAACGAGAAAACUGUAAAUGUCUCUUCAUCUGUUUGGUGAAAUAGGAUACAUUUUUUACUCUUAUUUGUAAAUGUCCCUUUUUAGUUGCAGUGAUGUCUAUAAAUUAAUUUUUUCUUACUCUUUUUUGGAAAAUACUUGAUUAACAAACUUAUACUCUUCACAGGUGUGUUAUUU